AUGAAUAGCUUGGAAGAGAGACACCAGAAAGAGUUGAGAGAACUACAAAGCACCGUCUCUCGAUUGUGCGACCGGCUGGAUUCUAGUACAAAGAGUGGGCGUGAGGUGUCCUUGUCGAAUGAUGAGCUGCUCGCCGGGAAUCGAGCCAAGGAUACGGACUCGUUUGACAUCGUGCGAUCUGGUACGGUUACUGAGGAUGAGUGGGCGAAGCUGUAUAAUUUCUUCGAUGAGCACUGCCGAACAGUCAUCGCAUUUAUGGAUGACCAGCUCUACUCAGCGGCGCACGUCAUCCGCAAACAACCUCUGAUGGCGACAGUGAUCUGCGUCAUUGCAUCCAAGGCAGUUCAUCGCGAGAAGUAUACCACCUAUCUUGUCGCAGCAGAUCAGAUGAUCGGCACCACAUUCUCUGGCGCCAUAGAUCUAUACACUGUCCAGGCUAUGAUGCUUCUCGCCGCUUGGACUGGCAGGCAUCGUCUAUGGGGAUAUGUCGCUUCAAUCGCCGCGGAACUGGGCUUGAAUGUGGCUGCGUUACAUCUAGGCGAUGUCUCUGUCGAACACACAGCAGACUUAGUCGGCUCCGCCAGAACGUGGCUCUCGUUGUGUUGCUUUGACCUGAUGAUCAAUCUUGAUCGACCGUUCGUCAUCUACAAUAUCAUGGACUAUCUGCCUGUUGCCUCUCAACUUCUGGUUUCUCCUCACUGCAGACCGGUGGACUAUCGACUUUGCGCGUAUUUGCAGGGGUUUUCGAUUACCGCCGAAGCCAAAACGCAAAUUGCCAACGCAGAAUUGCGACUAAAUCCACUAUCUGAUAGUGCUGUUCAGAAAUUGAGAGCCCUUGAUCAGAAAAUUGACCGCUGGUUCUACCAUAUCAACAACAGCAUGGAGCCGCUCUAUCAGACUUUCGCUAAGAAGCAAGACCGGAAUCGCUUUAUGGUUCCCUACGCAUUUCUUAAGAUGUAUGUUUCCUGGCCCUACUUGAAAGCUGCAGUAUCUCAUGGCUUCGUCGAGUUUAGCCACGUUAACGGUCUCGCUUUGCACGUGAAGGAGUCUCAACACGGAAGCGCAGAUACCAACAGGAUGGCUUUCGUUCAGAAAGCUCUGGACAGCGCAUGUCUUCUCCUCCAAACUCAAUUUGAGUCGAAGGAAUUCCGACAAAUGCUGCCGUAUUCGGGAGACUAUAAUCUUGUGACUACGUACUAUGCUUUGGAGUUCAUGCCCAGAGCUCUCGAGUUCGCUCGUGGAGCUGUGAAUUGCGGGCUUGUGCUUUCGAGACUACGUCAGGGGGCCCAGCUGCUAGAAGAGGCCGGGGCUGCAGAAUCUGCUAAUAGUGUCCGAAGCGAGUUGCGAGUGCUGGAGCAGGUGGUGCGGACUUCUCUACCCCCAGAAGGUCUUGUGGCAGAAAUGGAUCAAGCUGCGGGAGAAUCUCUUUUUGACAUUCCAAAUCUUUUGGAUAUAUGA